AACAGGACUAUGCGCGGUACUAACAUUCUCUCCCUUUCUCCCUCCUCCCUGCCCCCCUCCCCGUGUCAGGUGAUCAGUUAUUUAGCACCAUUAACACGCACGAAUCGACAAGUGGUUCAUUAAAUUACUCAUAUUAUUCCGAAAGCCACAUUCUAGGCUUCCUUUUUCAAACUAAGCAAAAGGAGUCGACAGUUUGGGUCCCGAGCACAAAAGCGCGCGGCAGCAGGAGGAUGGAUAGAGCGCCAACUCCCCCCUCUCCAAAAGCUGGGACAGGGUUCAGCCUCGCGGCAGGGCCCAAAGCUCGAUGCCGAGCUCGCUCCCUUGGAGGGAAGAGGUACGAAGGGCCAGGUCCGGGGGCCUGCGGGCCGGGCCUUCCUGGCAGCGCCCGCGGUGCCUCCGGGCCUGCGCGCCCGCGCGACGGCGGCAGUGGGGCACACUCACCGCGGAAGGCCCGGGAGCAGAAGCCGGCGAGAGGCCGCGGUCCAGACCCUCCGCCUGGCUACCUCGCCGCCGCGGCUCCCUCCCACCCCGCGAUCCAAACGGUCCCGGGCGACAGAGGCACGGCCCGGGCAGGCCGGGGACGUUGCGCAAGAGGCCGGAGAGGUUUCCCGGCUGCGCGGGAGAAAGGCGCGGAGUGUCCGCCGCGGGAGGGGCGGGGAGGCCCGCGGAGGCGCUGUGCGUGUGGAAAGGGAUGGGGGAGGGGAGAAUUGCCCGUCUCCCUGGCCGCGGCCAGAGCCGCAACUCACCCAGCUCCGCCAGACGAGCGCUACCACUGGCAGCAAGAGGAAGAUGGUGGCCGCUGCCGCCGCCGCCGCCGCCGAGGAGGAGGGGGCCCGGUGGGUGCCGAGGAGAGGGGGUACGCGCAGGACGUCGGCGUCGCUGCCACAGCCUCUUUUGCUCACAGGGCCGAGCGGCUGCUGCUGACGACACUAGCUUGGCUUCCGCGCCGCCCUUUUUAUCCUCGUAGCAGCCGCCGCCGCCCAGGGCCCGAGGGUCGCUCGCCUCGUGGGGACCGUGCGGCGGCGCGAGACCCCGCAGCCAUCGGCGUGCGGCGGCGGCGCGGGGGCAGGAGCCGGGCCGCGUCACGUGACCCCACUGUUUACCGUUCCGGGGGCCGCGGCCUGCACGCUGCGCCUGCGCAAUGUGAGCUCUCCAGUGCCGCGCCUCCGCGGGGCCCGGGCUGUAGCACUCGGCUGCGCUUCCGCGCCGCUCCCAGUCUUGUCAGGGCGCGGCACGCCUGAGGGCCUUGAGCUAUCACCUCGCUCGCGGGAUAUAAACACAAUCUGUCUUUUAUCCAGUCUAUAAAAAGAUUACUAGAAGAAAGAACCAUCAUAAUAAUACUGAGAAUGGCUCUCACAGCAUGCAGGACAUUGUUUUAGUUAAAAGACCUAUUGGAAAAUCAGAUUGUAUUGAUAGCAUUAAAAACUCCAAAUUAACUCGGGAAAAUUAAAUUUGGUAGAAAACAAGACAAGACAACUAACAAUGGCAAAUACUGACCAAUAGGAUGGUAAAUUGACCAAAACCAAAGCAAAACAAAACAAAACAAAACAUGUGGAAAAAUGAAAAAUUGACAAAAUUUGGAUGUUGCAAAACUUUACUCAAGAAAAUUAAGCCUGGCAGAGAGUGGGGCCAUGGAAGACAGCUCACAGUGCUGGUAUGGAAGUUAAGUCUGAUAUGAACAAUGCUUGUCAUCAUGGAAACAUUGGUUCCUACAGUAUCAGUUCACUGGAGUAAAGAUGAAAAAAGUGGGAUGUUAACUGCGGCAAAUAGAAAAUCAAUAAAAAUAUCAAAUAUACUUAA